AUGGCAGGAUUAGAUUUCUCGGGAAUUCAACAGUUUGAUCCUCAUUCAGAGCCAAGUUCGCUGGCUUCGCAGGGGAAAGAAUGGCUGCAACGAUUCAAACGAUGUAUAGUCGCUUUUGACAUCAAAGACAAAGCAAGGAAACGAGCUCUAUUGUUAUACCUGGCCGGUCCAAAGGUGGAAACAAUAUUUGCCACGCUCUCUGAUACGGGAGAAGAGAACGACUUCGAUAAAGCCAUAGAGAAAUUGACAGAGUAUUUCGCGCCGAAGAAAAACAUUCUAUACGAGCGACAUAUUUUUCGCCAAGUCAGCCAGCGAUCUGACGAAACAAUUGACCAAUUCUGUACACGACUGAGACAUCGUGCCUCGACAUGCGAAUUCGAUAAUGUAGAGGACGAGAUUAAAACACAAAUCGUGGAAAACUGCAGGUCUAGUCGACUCAGAAGGAAAGCAUUUCGGGAUGACCCCAAGCUGGAUGAUUUGAUUAAAUACGCGAGAGCACUGGAAAUUUCUGAUCACCAUGCUGAAGAAAUGGAAAAGCAACACCGUCAGGAGGCUGUGUAUCAAAACACCAGACGAGAUUUUCCGUCAAGGGAUAUAAAAGGUAAACAAGCACAAACUUGUUAUAAUUGUGGAGGGACGUACCCCCACCAAGGCAGGCCCUGCCCCGCUGCAGGCAAGACCUGUCAUAAUUGCUCAAAUACUGGACAUUUCGCUCGAGUUUGUAAGUCUGAACAAAAACCAAUCUCUCGAAAACCUCGAAUGCCUCAGGACCAAUAUAAAUCGAAGGCAAACAAGUUGAAUGCUUUGAACCAAAAUCGGCAACAGCAACCACUCUCUACUGAGCCAACAGUACAAG